GACCCAGAGCUGCUUCAGGAGCAGACAAAGAGCAUCCAGAGCUCAGAGAGGAGAUCUGAAGAGCAUCUUCAUCCAGCAGAUCUCUACAGUAUCUCUCCAGCACAUCUUCAGAUCUUCACCUGAGACUUUGGAGACUCUUCUUCUCAGUGUUCAGUGGCUGAUUGGAAAGUUCUCACUAUGAGACUCAGCGCCGUGGCGUUUAUGGUUCUAGGAACCUGCGCUUUAAGCGUGUGGUGCCAUCCAAUCAAAUCCGUCUUCGUGACCUUCCCCGGGGACGUGCUCAAAAAUAUGACGGACACAGAGCUGGCAGAGACGUACCUGAAGCGAUUUGGAUAUAUGGAGAUUCAGGAUAAGAGCAGGCUGCAGUCAUCAGUCUCCACCGCUAAAGCUCUGAAGAGGCUGCAGAGGCAGCUUGGCCUGGAGGAGACUGGAGCACUGGAUAAAGCCACCGUCAACGCCAUGAAGCAGCCUCGCUGCGGCGUUCCCGACGUCCGCAACUACCAGACCUUCGAAGGAGACCUGAAAUGGGAUCACACUGACGUUACAUACAGGGUCUUGAAUUACUCCCCCGACAUGGAAGAGACUCUUAUCGACGAUGCCUUCGCCAGAGCCUUCAAGGUGUGGAGUGAUGUCACACCUUUGACUUUCACCCGUCUUUAUGAUGGCACUGCUGACAUCAUGAUCUCCUUCGGAAAAGCAGAUCACGGAGAUCCGUACCCAUUCGAUGGCAAAGACGGCCUGCUGGCACACGCUUAUCCUCCAGGUGAGGGGCUCCAGGGAGACGCCCACUUUGACGAUGAUGAAUUCUGGACCCUUGGCACUGGACCAGUUGUUAAGACGCGCUAUGGUAAUGGAGAAGGCGCUUUGUGCAAGUUUCCUUUCAUCUUCGAGGGCACCUCUUACUCCACCUGCAUCACCGAGGGCCGUUCUGAUGGUCUGCCAUGGUGCGCCACCACUGCUAACUACGACAAUGACAAGAAAUUCGGCUUCUGCCCCAGCGAGCUCCUGUUCACAUUCGAUGGAAACAGCAAUGGGGCCGAGUGCGUCUUCCCGUUUACGUUUCAGGGAGAAACCUACAACGGCUGCACCACAGAAGGACGUAGUGACGGUUACCGCUGGUGCGCAACCACAUCUAACUUCGACACUGAUAAAAAAUACGGGUUCUGUCCAAACAGAGACACUGCUGUGAUUGGUGGAAACUCUGAGGGUGAACCAUGCCAGUUUCCUUUCACCUUCCUUGGAACGAAGUACACUUCCUGCACCAGUGAAGGGCGUGGGGAUGGAAAGCUGUGGUGCGCCACAACCAGCAACUAUGACGCUGACAAAAAAUGGGGAUUUUGCCCAGACAAAGGAUACAGUCUGUUCCUGGUGGCCGCUCAUGAGUUUGGGCACGCUCUUGGUCUGGAUCACUCCAACAUCCAAGAUGCUCUGAUGUUCCCCAUGUACAAAUAUGUAGCAGACUUCCAUUUGCAUGAGGAUGACAUCGAGGGCAUCCAGUAUCUCUAUGGAUCCAGAACUGGCCCUGACCCCACUCCUCCCCAGCCAAGAACCACCACAUCUUCCCCAGUUCCUCCUCCCAAACCUACUGGUAGAACACCAAAGCCUACUCCUCCCAUUGUACCCACCACAACCCCGGUUGUGGACCCCUCUAAAGAUGCUUGUCAAAUGGACGUGUUUGACACCAUCACUGAGAUCCAGGGCGAGCUUCAUUUCUUCAAAGAUGGACACUUCUGGAAGACAUCCAACGGAGGCAACGGGAAACACAGGGGACCUUUCCGCGUCUCUGAGACAUGGCCUUCCCUGCCUGCCAAGAUCAACACUGCGUUUGAGGACCCUCUGACCAAGAAGAUCUACUUCUUUGCAGACAAUCAGUUCUGGGUCUACUCAGAGGGGCAAGUUCAGGGACCUCGCAGAAUUGAGAAACUUGGCCUACCUAACAAUCUGCAGAAGGUGGAGGGAGCCUUGCAGAGGGGUAAAGGCAAAGUGCUGCUCUUCAGUGGCGAGAGCUUCUGGAGGCUGGACUUAAAGACUCAGCAGAUUGAUAGGGGAUAUCCUCGUUUCAUUGACCAGACCUUCGGAGGCGUGCCUGCAGAUUCUCACGAUGUGUUCCUUUAUAAAGGACACUUCUACUUCUGCAGAGAUCGCUUCUACUGGAGGAUGAACAGCAGACGGCAGGUCGACAGAGUCGGAUACGUGAAGUACGACCUCCUGAAGUGUUCAGACUACUGAAUCCAUUAUACUCAGUAUUACUAUUACUAGUAUUGUGUGAUAGGAAAGCACAAACAACUGGGAUGGAGUUUCUACUAUCCCAAAUAUUUAUAUGUUUAAGAUAAGAAAGUACAGUGUUGUUGGAAGAACUGAAACUCACUGCAGUGAAUUCAGUGUCUGUUUGUACAUUAAAUUAAUUCAUAUUAAAAGACGAACAUGUGGUCAUGUAAGAUAUUAAGAGGUCAUUGCCUGGAGCAAAUGAUCAGUUAAGGUUAAGGAUAAUUAAGGUUAUAAUCACUUUAUGUAUUUCUAUUGUUUGUAUUUGUUUUUGUUGCCUUUGUAGCCAAAUUUUGCACAUGUGAACAUGUUUCUCUGUUGUUUAAUUUAUUUUUUUAAAAUCAGUAGUAUUUUAUUAUAUGGACUGUUCAAUAAAUUUAUAAUUUAAACCAA